AUGGUGGCGUGGGAUUUGAAGGGCGGCGAAAUUCCCUCCGGCUCUGGUUUAGUUACUCUCAGUCUUCUACUUACCUCACGAUCCAAGCCAUCCCACGACAGGACGCAGCGUAGGAUGUCGGCGGUGGUUUUCUCGCAGAACCUCGUCGAGAAGACCCCUAAUAAUGCUCGCUCCUCCUCGCCCUCCAGGAAGCGACUGUUGACUAUGGAGAAGAAGCAAAUUCAAGUUCCCCAACCUUCCCACUCCAGAUCCGGGCUGGUUCGUCAGCUCUGCUGGAAUCCCCCACCCAAGCACUACAGUUCACAGCCUAAGGCUCAGCAAGCUUACAUUGGGCAGGAGACAAACGACUGUUCGGUCACAACAAAUUCAGCUCUGGGAUACUCCUGCAAUGGUGUCAACAGAACCUGCCUAAGCUACCUCACCUUCAGAGCUCAACCUCCAUACACAACUGUUGCUUCAAUCUCCACCCUCCUGGGAUCUAGCCCGUCUCAGCUGGUCGCAAUCAACUCUGUCCCUCAAACAGCAAGCUUUGAUACAAACCAGCUAGUUCUUGUUCCUGUUACUUGCUCGUGUUCAGGGAUCGUUGCUACUUUGACUGUUGUUGGGACUGUGGUUUAUUGUCUGUGGUUUCGAAGGAGGAAGGCGAAGUUGGAGCCAGCCGGUUCUACUUCCGAGAGCUUCGAGGCUUUGGAGAAGAAGUCUAUGAAAAAUAAGGGAGAGGAAGAAGAGCCUGAAGGUUUCUUCUUGGAGAGGGGCAAGAUAGUAAACUUGGCACAUGCCAGAUCGGCCAAAGGCCAGGAUGGGGACUUCAACAUUACAAAGCACAUUUUCGGGACAAAAUGUUACAUGGCUCCAGAGUAUUUGGAGAAUGGUCUGGUUUCUACAAAGAUUGAUGUGUUUGCAUUUGGAGUUCUUCUUCUGGAGAUGAUACUGGGAAAGAAGUUGCUUCCUUGUAUAAGGAGGAAAUUGAUGCUUGAGAAGAUAACGUUCCGCGCAAGAAAACAACUUUACCAAGUCUAUGACCCACAAAAUAAGAUUACGGAAGUCUCAGAAAUGGCUCUUGACGAAUCAGCAUUCCUAUCAUGAUACGUCUUCCUGCCUCUGAUCUUUGUCCUUCCCUUUAACCAUUAUUAUUUGCUGUAAUUUUCUUAAGAAAUACAUGUCCCUCUUGAAUUCUUUAAGCAUUUCCCUUCCCGUAUAUAAUAAUGGUUCAAGACUUCAAAUGAGGCAUAUACCAGAAGCUGCUGAAUUCUCAGUGGCUAAUUCUUGCCUUUCGUAUUUUUAUCCGUAAUCUUAUAAUGAUUCAGAUUUCUGUUUUCCAAAAAAUCGUUCUUAAUGGGGCAGAAUUCAGGCAAUGCAAGAAAUGAGGUUCUUUCACCUUGGAAGUAUGCAAUCCACUACGAAGAAACUUUGUUUUCUAUAAUUUGUGAUUCAAAGAAAGGAUUUUCUAUGGCAAAUAUCGAGAGAAGUUUAAUUCUAUCUGCAGAAGAAUCUUUGGGUUUCGUUGGUUUUGUCUAGUUUACUUAAUUUCUUUAGCAGCCACUUGAUUUCUUAUGUCUCCCUGAUGCAAUAAAAUUAGUUGGUUGGGUUUUGCCCCUACCGAAAGUUGUGAUGUCAUCAUCCCGUCUAAACUGAAAGACAAUUCACUUUCCCCUCAGUUUCAACUGUCACGGGGUAAGACUUCCAGAGUGGAGUCCAAGUUAGAAGUGUGUCAAAGAAUCCAAGUUCCAGUUGACUUACUUAGUGGACUGGGGUGAUGGAGCUGCUAGCAUCGGCAAGAGAUUCAAUGCUAGCACAGAGUUGUAUCAUACAAAUGGGUUUGGAGAAUUCGAAGAUCCAACUAUUUAUCCUUUCGCAGUAUUUCUCAUCCACUGCAAUUUGAGCCUAAUAGCUCUCAGACGAUAAUUCUCUAUCCGCCACCUAUCGAUUCUCAAGUUGUUCCGAGUCAGUCGUUCAAUGGGAAGAAAUCGAGGAAAUUGAGAGGCAGAAAUACUGAUUGGAUGGUACUCGGAGUUUCCCCGACAGUCCUGUAUUCGAACCUAGCAGGGGCAAUCAUCUCACUGUCAAGAAAGAAUGAGGAUGUUGAAGCUCAAAAGAAGAAGAAACUGGUGUUGCCUGAAGAUUUCUUUGAUCGCGCACUCCACAGUUGAACAAGGGCUGAGAAUCUAGGAUUUUGAGGAGCUAAAUCUGGCGACUAGUGAUUUCAGUUCUCGGGUUGAGCGAACAAGUCUACAAGGGCAUGAUAAAUGGACAGAAGUAGCAAUCAAGAAGAAGAGUAGAAAUGUUUCAAUCGAAGUGAACCUGCUGAGAAAAAUCGACCAUUUCAAUCUCGCAAGUCUCGCUGGUGCAUAUCAACAGCAGGAUGAAUACUAUCUUGUGUACAAGUACAUGGAGAAUGACUCCUUGAAGGAUUGGCUUCAGAAGAAUGGCAGCGGUUAAAAUGAAGCUCGGAGUUGAACCGUAGGCUUCAGAUUGCUUUGAAUAUUGCUAGUGGAAUUCACUAUCUCCAGUCUCCACAACUUCACUCAACCCACCAUAUGUCCACAAAGAUAUAAGCAGCAGCAAUAUUCUGCUGGAUGCUGAUUUAAGGGCUAAGAUUGCUAACUUCAUUUGCAAGUGGCAUUGUAUGCAAUUUCUUCAAUUAGGCUUGCUAAGGGUACAAAAGGUUACUUGGCUCCCGCGUAUGUAGAGUAUGGUUUGGUGAUUCCUGAGAUUGACUUGUAUGCAUUUGGUGUCGUUUUACUUGAGCUGAUCCCUAGAAAAGAAGCAGUUUUUAUUUUAUUUUAUUUUAUUUUUUUCUGGAGGAGAGGGAGGUUCUGCUUUCAGAAGCAAUUGUUAUGAUCUUAGGUGAAGAACAUUCAGAAUCUGCGCUUUGUAAGUUUGUAGAUCCUGGUCUGCAUCCAAAGUAGCAGAUGGAAAAUUUGCUGAGAAUGAAGUUGAUUCUAGCCUGUUUGGCUAAAGAUCCUGAAGAUAGACCAACCAUGGGCGAGAUCGUCUCUUUGCUUUCAAUGAUACAAUUCGAUGUGUAUAGAUCCGAAUUCAUGUACCAUAAUAGUUCAUAGUUUUCAGUUGAACAAUGAAUAACAGAG